AUGGGUCGGCUCGACCGGAGUGAUACCACGGCCUCACAGGAAACCGGCGACGGCAAACGAGCAGACGGAUUACCUGAUGGUGAGCAAUCGGCGUCGCCCAUGGACACCCGCAACAAAGAGGGAGUUACGAAAGAGAUUUUGAAAAAAUCGUCAAAGAUGUUCAGUGCUUACGAAGAUGAUUUGGAGAACGGCAAAUUAGUGCAGUUUCCAGAGCUGCUGAAAACAGAUGUGGCUACUGUAAUUGACAGCAAGAAACAGGAGGCAUUAAAUAAUUCUUUAGAAUCGUGGUUCCCAAAUUUAGAAAUUGCCUUGCGUAUUUACUAUCUCUCAUGA